UCUGUAAGCAGAGACAAUCCCUUCACUGGACGAAAUGUUAUGUUGAAACUGUAACACUGGAGCCGCCAUGUUGGAUCUGACAGGCAGUGCUCUUCAGUGGCUCCGCCGUUCCGACCGUUGAGCCGUAAUGGCGCCAGUGGCGUAGCGGCAUCUGUUACACCUUUACCGCAAACGCCGGCCCCGUUUUGUUGUUCAGAAGCUGAACUGACUGGUGUGCAGCAGCCGGGAAGAACACGCUAACAGACCGUCAGCAGUUAUUCUACAGACAUGGAUAGUUUAAGUUUUUGACCCGGUGAGGAGGACAGACCGCUGAGGGCGGAGACUGUCGUUCAAAGUUGAACUUCAGACUGUCUCUGGAUUAAUAACCUCAGUCUGCUGCUGUCGAAGAGUUUGUUUCUUUCUGUCGAAGAGUUUGUCUCACACAGACUCUUUCUGUCAUUGCUUUGCUUCGAGAAAUCAAACCGACAACACACCUACAGACAGCAGCUCUGAGCCGUCAGGCUGCUCGGACGGUAAGUGCUUCUUACACGUCAGUCAGGACACGCUGAAUAUGCAGAGAGAGAGAGCUCACAAUGGACAGGAAACAGUGUUGUGUGAAGCUGACAGUCCAGCCGUCCAGAGGACUUGUGGAUGAGAAGUUCACCGUCCUGGUCCAGAAUGCCCCUCCUGGUUCCCAGCUCACGGUUCACGCUCUGCACCAGUGUGAAGAUGGAUAUACGUGGGAGGCAUUCGCUCACUACAUCGCCAACGCCACUGGGACAGUGAACGUUUCAGAGGAUCUCAGUCUGGGUGGGACAUAUUCUGGGGUUGAACCGAUGGGUCUGCUCUGGAGCCUCAGACCAGUUCCAGGCAGCAAACCUGGGCUCAGGAUGAGGAAGAUGAACGUCCAGACUCCCAUGGAGAUCAGGAUCUCGGUGUACCAGGGUCACUCAACUGAAGGCUUCAUAACUCAGGUGCCACUGACCAGCGUGUUUGUGGAGCGCUGGUACAUGGCGCCCGGCAUCGUCAGGGUCCCGAUCACAGAGGGCGGACUCACUGCGACUCUCUUCCUGCCCUCAGGACCUGGACCUUUCCCUGGCCUCCUGGACCUGUGGGGGGGUGGAGGGAAGUUGGUGGAGUACCGCGCGGCGCUGCUAGCCUCCCAUGGCUUUGCCUCCCUGGCCCUCGACUACCUGACACCCAAAAUCACCUUGGAAACUGGAAAGAUGGUGGACAACCAGUACUUUGAGACGGCCUAUAGAGUCCUGCGGCAGCAUCCUCAGGUCCUCAGCAGCAGGAUCGCCAUGUUGGGCCUUUCCUUCGGCACCUGUAUCGCACUCAAAAUGGCUGCUUAUUCCCAAGUUGUAAAGCUCAGGUGUGUAGUGGGUAUUAGUGGGAGUCAUGUGCAGCCAGUCGAUGGAUCUGUGAAAGAAAUACUGGAAUACUUUCAAAGAAACGCUGAGAAGACUCGCUUCAACGAGGAGAACCAGGUGAUCUGGCGAGACCUGCUUCUGCCCAUCCCCACCGACCCUGCACUCAAAGUGGACGUGGGACGACUGCAGUGUCCUGUGAUGUUGGUCGUAGCGGAGGACGAUCAGAACUGGCCGGCGUCCGAGUCUGCACAGGACAUAAAGGAGAUGAUGGAGCAGGCGGGGAACAGCCACCUGCUGACCAUCCUUUCGUACCCGAAUGCCGGUCACCUGAUUGAACCUCCGUACACGCUGCACUUCAGAGCCAGCUCCUUCAGGACAGUCGGCCAAGGUCAAAUGCUCAUGGCUCUGUGGGGCGGAGACACGGUGCCUCAUGCUCGCGCUCAGGAAGACGCCUGGAGGAAGAUGCUGGCCUUCCUGCAAGAGAAUCUCUACGGCAGCACAAAGCCUGCUGCAACCUCAUUAUCACACCUGUGACAAGGCGACGACUACUGAUUAUAGAGUUGCAAAGUUAUUUCAAGCUCCGGAAAGUAAAUAUCCUAUUCACAUUUUUCAUAGAAAACGUUGCAUGACUCACAAUUUGAGCACCUCUACAGCUUUGAUUGACAUAAAACUCUCCUGGCUGAAUCACUAGAACAAAAAACUCCCAAGAUCCAUUUUGACAAUCACAGAGUUUAACAUUCUGUUUUAUGAGCCACCAAUGCUGCGUUAUAUAUAAUAUCAUAUCUGAGUUAUUGUAAUUAUGAGUUUAGUACUUUUAGAUAGUGUUCACGUUGGAAUUAUGACUGGAAGCUUUUCAGAAAGCUCCAAUAUAUCUGACGUGGCUCUUAAUAAUGCAGAAGUGCCUGAAAACAAAACCAACAUGGACAUCAGCAAAAGACCUACAUGCAAUGUAAUUAAACCCAAAUUUAAUAGAUAUGGUGUUAUAUACAGUAUUUCAAUCCUCACAUGACCGACUCUGUAUUGAUGACACCGUCAUAAUGAUAUGAAGCUCUGUUAACAUGCAGAUCGUUCCCAUCUCUACUAUCCAUCCAAUAGGAGGUGAAUAAUGGUGUUCACAACAACAUUACUCGAGCAGGUUUGACCGCAGGAUCAUUUGCGUUUUUUCGCCCUACACAGCCAGCGAGCAGCGGCAGGCACCGACCUGUCCCCACCUGGACAACAGGAGCCAACGUGGUGAUGUUACUGAAGCUCAGCCUGCCUGCUGUCAUGACGGCUCAGUCCUCCUGCUAACAACAAUCAUACCGACACUUAUCUGUUAACACUGAGAGAUACAUUAUCAACUCCUCUCUGUUCGUUUCGCUGUGCACUUCCCAGACGACAACUACAGACCUUAAAGCGCUAUGAACCCAAAAUAAACUUAGAUUUUGCUGUUAUUUAAUUGCAAUAAAUGAAUCAAAAGGAUGCCAAAAUAA